UUUCUGUCGUGGCAUCUGGAGUAUUUUUUGACCAGGCUAAAUAUAACUAGACUCUAACCAUGGGAAAAGAAAAGAUCCAUAUUAACAUUGUCGUCAUUGGACACGUCGACUCCGGCAAAUCCACGACGACUGGACAUUUGAUCUACAAAUGCGGUGGUAUUGAUAAACGUACCAUUGAGAAAUUCGAGAAGGAAGCCCAGGAGAUGGGAAAAGGUUCCUUCAAAUACGCUUGGGUUUUGGACAAAUUGAAGGCUGAGCGUGAACGUGGUAUCACCAUUGACAUUGCUCUCUGGAAAUUCGAGACGGCCAAGUACUAUGUAACCAUCAUUGAUGCUCCCGGACACAGAGAUUUCAUCAAGAACAUGAUUACGGGAACAUCGCAAGCUGACUGCGCGGUAUUAAUUGUCGCUGCUGGUACUGGAGAAUUCGAAGCUGGUAUUUCGAAGAAUGGACAAACUCGCGAGCAUGCAUUGCUCGCUUUCACUCUUGGAGUGAAGCAGCUCAUUGUUGGUGUUAACAAGAUGGACUCCACCGAACCACCAUACUCGGAAAAUCGUUUCGAGGAAAUCAAGAAGGAAGUCUCUUCCUACAUUAAGAAGAUUGGUUACAAUCCAGCCGCCGUUGCCUUCGUUCCAAUUUCCGGAUGGCACGGCGACAACAUGUUGGAACCAUCGACCAAAAUGCCAUGGUUCAAGGGAUGGCUCGUCGAACGUAAGGAAGGAAAGGGCGAGGGCAAGUGUCUCAUUGAGGCUCUCGACGCCAUCCUGCCACCCAGCAGACCCACCGACAAGGCUCUUCGUCUUCCCCUCCAGGAUGUCUACAAGAUUGGUGGUAUUGGAACAGUGCCAGUCGGUCGAGUGGAGACUGGAAUUUUAAAACCCGGUAUGGUUGUGACCUUCGCCCCCGCUGGUUUGACCACUGAAGUCAAAUCCGUCGAAAUGCACCACGAAGCUCUCACCGAGGCCGUUCCUGGCGACAAUGUCGGCUUCAACGUAAAGAACGUUUCCGUCAAGGAACUCCGUCGAGGCUACGUUGCCGGAGACUCCAAGAACAACCCACCCAAGGGUGCUGCUGACUUCACUGCACAAGUUAUCGUAUUGAACCACCCUGGACAAAUCAGCAACGGUUACACGCCAGUGUUGGAUUGCCACACAGCUCACAUUGCUUGCAAAUUCGCCGAGAUUAAGGAGAAGUGCGACAGACGUACCGGCAAAACAACUGAGGAAAAUCCAAAGGCAAUUAAAUCUGGUGACGCUGCGAUCGUGAACCUCGUACCAAGUAAACCAAUGUGCGUCGAGGCCUUCCAGGAAUUCCCUCCAUUGGGACGUUUCGCUGUUCGUGACAUGCGUCAAACAGUUGCUGUUGGUGUCAUUAAGUCGGUGAAUUUCAAAGACGCGACUGGCAAAGUAACCAAGGCUGCCGAAAAAGCCCAAAAGAAAAAAUAACUACUCAUCGCGCCAAGGACAUCAUGCCGGACAAGAAAUACCGGCACAUAGUCAAUGUAGUUUGUCUUCCGAGUCCAACAAUGAACUUAAAUUCAAUAAUGGACUUUUCCUCAACUAACAAAAAACGAUCAACGCGAAAAAACUUUCCCAGUGAUGAAGAAAUAAAAAAGCUCGUACUCCACCGCGGUGAGAGUAUACAACUUUUAUUUUUCUCCAUCAGUCGGCAAUUUCGUCUUUCUAAAAGAUUAUUACGACAUUAUUUCCAUCGAAAGGAAUUUCGCAGGAAAGGCGCGGCGGAAAGAAUGUGUGUGCUGGGAAGGCAGACUCACAGGCUAUUCUUUUUUCAUCUCCGAUACCCUGUCAAAAAAAAACGCUAAAUAACAUCAGCGAUUUAUAAGUUUAGCGCGAUUUUUAAUUAUAUUUUCUAAUUAUUAUAUGAAAAUAAAAAUCUUAUAUCUGCGAUA